UAGUUUGCGGAAGAAGCAGAGGAGUGGGAAAGCUGACUUCUCCGUAUAUCUUCUAACUCUCCUUUAAUCUCUCUAUCUCUCUCUUUCUUACACGCGAACUCUCUCUCUCCAGAGAAUGAGAUCAAACAUAGUCACAGAGGCAGGACUGCCUACUAGGUUAGGGCAAUGGUGGGGAGCUGUGCCAUUUCUUACUUCUUGUGUGGUUAUUGUAUGUGGGUUCAUCUACUUGGUGUGUCUCUUGUCUGGAUAUGAUACGUUCGAGGAGGUUUGCUUUUGGCCUUCUGCUGUGAUUUCACGGCUUCAAGUUUAUCGUAUAUAUACAUCGAUUAUUUUCCAUGGCUCUCUUCUGCAUGUUAUGUUCAACAUGUUGGCUCUGGUACCUUUGGGCUGUGAGCUGGAACGUAUCAUGGGGUCAGUUCGCUUAUUUUAUGUGACAAUCUUAUUGGCUUCAAGCAAUGCCAUUUUCCACCUUUUUAUUGCAUUAGUGGCAGCUCAUAAUCCUAUCCACCUGUUUCCACAUCUCAUGGAUGAGUGUGCUAUUGGAUUCUCUGGUGUUAUAUUUUCUAUGAUUGUCAUAGAGACUUGCCUUAGUGGAAUCCAGUCCAGAAGUGUGUUUGGACUAUUCAAUGUGCCCGCAAAAUGGUAUGCAUGGAUAUUACUGAUCGUGUUUCAGCUUUUGAUGACCAAUAUUUCACUGCUUGGACACCUAUGCGGGAUUUUGUCUGGGUUUGCAUAUACAUAUGGAAUGUUCAACUACUUAAUACCUGGAUCAUCCUUCUUUUCUGCUAUCGAGAGCUCCCUAGUACUGUCAUCUUGUGUCAGGCGCCCUAGAUUCAUUGUAGGUGGCAGUGGGUCUCCAAAUGCUGGUCCAUUGCCUUCAUACUCAAUUCCUGGUAAUGCUGAUUCUGGAAGUGUAUGGACACGUCUAUCAUCAUGGGUGCCACUGAGGGAAACAACAGCUGAUGAGUCAGCACAAGAUAGCAGAUUUCCUGGUCGUGGAAGAACUCUUGGAUCCACCCGUAACCAGGCAGCCCACACAGCUGGUCCUGAUCCAGAGUUACAUGCAAGACUUUUGGAUAGCAAUCCACAAGACCCACCUUUGGAUAGACCUGUAAUAGCCCCUGGUGGAGCUCGAUUAUCAGAUGGAAGGCAGGCAGCUGUAGAAAAUGUAGCUGGAGCUCCGGUUCCAAUUGUGCGCAAUCAGGUUCAGUCUAAUUACAAUGAAGAAGUAAAAAGACUUGUGGCUAUGGGCUUUGAAAAGAACAAAGUGGAAGUGGCUCUUUCUACUGCAGAGGGAGAUCCAAGUCUUGCAGUAGAAAUUCUAACCAGCGAGGAAUAGCAGCGCAUAGCAUUAACAUGAGAGGCUUGUGAACUAUGGGUUUGUGGCCAUGUUGCACCCCCUACAUAGUUGAGCGGCGGAUGCAGCACGAUACUAACCAAAUUGUACUGAAUUUUGGCUUGAGAGAAACACUUAACAAAAGGAGUUUCAGCCAGAUUGUUAUACUGUAUGAGUAACCGGUAAAAUACAAACCAGUUUGAUUUCCCAGUUCAUUGCAAUCUUUUUUUUUGAAGUGUUGUAAUUUGCUUUA